UUUAUACGAGAAUUAUAUUAUUAGAGAUUUUUAUGUUAUUCGCCCUGCAAGUUACUGGACGAAUUAAAUUAAUCGGAGUUUGGUCGAAGUGGCCCUCAAACGAAGAAACAUAUCCCCCCGCAAAGCGGAAUUUAUCGUAAAUCGGGUUAAAAUUGGAUGAAAGUAGCGAGUUUUCCUAUAGAGAUAUGAGUUUUCCUAUAGAGUAUUAUGCAUAAAAUACUUUACAAAAAGAAACAUAAUCAAGAUAAUAAGAUUCAAAAAGAAAACAAAGAAUAAGAUAGUAAUAAAGAUCGCGAAAAGAAAACUUUAAUUUAAAAUCAAAGAUUUUAAUAAACUAAUUGGAGACUCAAAUAUAUUGAAAUAUCGUAGAAAGUUUAAAAAUUAACAUAAAGUUCGUAACUUUUUUUAUUAUCUUUAAGGAAACACCAGAUUUUCUGAGAAUAAUUAGAUGUAUGCAUUAUUCAAAUUUUACUUUUAGUAUAUCUUUAUAUUUUAAGAUUGAUUAAAAUGCAGGAUUUGAUAUGUCUUGGCAUCUCUAUAGAUUCGCGGCGAGUCACGAUCCACCAUCGUGAAAGGGCGUAACAUGGGAGUGUGUCUAAAGCUCGGUGGUACCGAAGGAUGCAACCGACCCGAGUAUGAGUAUGAGGUGUACCCGAAUGCACCUCAUUGUCUAAGGAGGAAACGAUUGCGACGAAGCCACGCACUGAUCUGGGUGGAGUCUCCCGCGGCGUUGUACCGCCUUUGAUGAAUGCUUGGAAGCAGGGUAGCAGAAAGCUCGACAAGGGGAGAGGGUAAAUCGCGGGGGGAAACGAUAGACGAACAACACGCAGUGACGGAUUGCGCGCUGGACCUGCAAUUGGAUCUCAAUAUGAUUAACAAAUUGCUGACGAUCAACAUUUCACUCGACACUUCUAAAGCACUGCGAGGAGCUCGAGGCACCUCGGUCCGUCACUGCGGUGACGCGAGAGAAAAGAGAGAGAGCACGGUCGCCCUUUCCUUCUUCCACCGGGACGCUUACCGAGCGCCGGCUGCCACGUGCCAGUCUGAUCGCUCUCGAGCAUGUUCUCCUGCGAACGCAAGACUCGAGUGUGACCCGGCCUGGGGACAUGGGCACGUCCUCGGCGAAGGUCAACGGACUCCUCCGUGUUCCACUACUCCGCCACGGCUCACGUGGGCGUGCAUACGUGUGUGCAUGUCCCAACAGCUGGCGAGGUCCGCGUCGCGUUGCCGCGAAAUUUUCGACGCGCGAACCGCUAUCGACAUCGAUACAGGAAAUAUAGAUUUCUGUUUUUCUCAUUUCUAAAAAUCGCAAUAACUGCGUCAUGUUGAAGAGAAAUGCGAGAAACAAAACCCGCGAAAAGGACAGCGACGAGGAGCAUUGUUGCGCUUCUCGUGGUUCUAUUUUGAGAUAAACUUGGCGUAGAAUUUAUAAUUCUCCGCAUAGUUCUCCGAGUACUUGGGUGAUGCAUAAUGCAUAAUUAUAAUUAAAAAAUUAUAUCUUUCUAAUGUACAUAAAAUUGUCAAAACUUUUGUUCCAUAACUAAGCGUGAUUUGAUACCUCUCGAAGAACACUACUCUCGAAACAUAUUAUGGAAACACUGAUGUAGCGCGAAUUAAUGUCACUGGUCAUUAAAAAUAAAAUAUAGAAAGAAAAGAAAAGAAAAGAAAGAAAAAAAAGAGAAAAAAAUAAAUAAUAAA